GCUUGUGGGGACGGGGUUGACCCCGCGGGGCUCCGCGUGGCGGCGAGGCCUGGCGCGCGCCUCAGGGGCUCGGCCAAAAUAUACUUAUUUUACGGGUCAUAAAGAUACUUUCCGUUAUCUAAGAAAACCUUUGGGUGGAGCCAGUAUGUUUCAUUUCAUUCAGAGAUGUUGCCAGCUGCCUUUCCAGCUCCAGAAAUUCUCCCUUCCCCUGAUGGAGGGAGCUGUCAGGAGGGUACACCCCUACCCUUGCCUCCAGCCUCUCCAAAAGAACCAUCUCCCCAUCCGGGGGAGAUGUUGGCCAGCACCCCCGGCGCCGGCGUGCUCGAGCGGGGCCCGGAGCUUCCACGCUUCUCCCUGCUGCUUCAAGAAGAAGAAACCUGCCGUCGCCACACCGAAGCAGCCGCGCAUCCUGGGAUACCUCCCCGCCACCCCGAAGCCUGCCCGGUAUUUGGCCGCCGCGGGGAUGAUACCUUUCGUCGCCCCGCCCCUCAUCAUGGUGGCGACAAAGUCUUACUUGCCCAUACUGGCGUUUACUCAGAUGGCGUACGGAACCUGCCUCCUCGCCUUCCUGGGCGGCAUCCGAUGGGGCUACGCCCUGCCCGAAGGCAGCCCGGCUAAGCCCGACCUGAUGAACUUGGCCAUAAGCACCGUUCCGAUUUUCUUUGCGUGGUUCACCUUCAUCCUCUCCGAGGGCCUCAGCGAAGCCAUCGUCCUGCUGAUCGUGGGGUUUGGGGUGACCUUACACAACGAACUCUUCCUUCUGAACAAUUGCGUCAACUGGUUCAAAGCACUGGAGAUAGUCCUGACCUUAGUCAUGGUGUUUUCACUUAUAGCCACACUUCUCCUCCAAGAUCUUUAUCCAGAGAAAGGUCCGAAGAGGCCCGGUAAAAUAUAACAAAUGUGAAACCGUGGUCUUCUUUACUGGGUCUCACCAGAUCCUCCAGUGCCUCAGCUGCCAA